CUGUAUUUACAAGACGUGUUGUUAGCUUUUAAAUUGAGUUUCAUACAGUGAUGAAGUUUUAGUCAGUGAUUAAAUGUCCAAUUUAUGAAAAGUGAUUAAUAAUUGUAAUAUUGCAAUACGAUACACUUUAAACAAACUACCUAGUUCCGGAAGGUGUAACUUUGCUAUGAAUUACAUACAGGUUUUACUAGUUAUCAAUAUUUGAAAAUGAACAAGAAAAGCUAAAUGUGGAUAUAAAAAUAUAUAUUAUUUGAAUAUAUUGUUGACUACUAAAUAUUCGUCAACAAAUUCACAAUGUCAGUUCACCGAUUCAAUAGAUCUAACAGAAAAAUGAAGAGAGAUAAUAGUCCUUUGGAAGGUGAGGAUGAUUACGAACCUUAUGUACCAGUUAAGGAACGUAAAAAGCAGCGAUUGGCCAAACUUGGCAAGCUCGGGCAGCUCAAAGAUGAAGCUGCCGCUGGCAUCAUUGGGAAAAGUAGCAGUGAAAAUGAGAAAGAUGACGCGGAUGAUGAUGAUGGCCAAGUAUGGGGGAGGAAGUCAAAUAUUUCUUUAUUAGAUCAACAUACAGAGUUAAAGAAACUAGCAGAAGCCAAGAAAGAGAGUGCUAUGGAGAAGCAGUUGAAAGAGGAAGAGAAGAUCCUGGAAAGUGUAGCAGAAAAUAAGGCUUUAAUGGGUGUGGCUGAAUUGGCAAAGGGCAUUCAGUAUGAAGAUCCGAUAAAAACCAGUUGGAGACCUCCGAGAGCAAUACUGGCUCUUGGGGAAUUGAGGCACGAAAGACUCAGAAGGAAGCUUAGAAUUUUAGUGGAAGGAGAUGAUGUUCCACCACCCCUAAAAAGUUUCAAGGAGAUGAAAUUUCAUAGAGGGAUUCUGAAUGGUUUAGAACAGAAGGGCAUUGUUAAACCCACACCGAUUCAAGUGCAAGGAAUACCUACAGUAUUAUCUGGUCGCGAUAUGAUUGGUAUUGCGUUCACUGGUAGUGGAAAAACCUUGGUAUUCGUAUUACCAAUUAUAAUGUUCUGUUUGGAGCAGGAAGUAGCCAUGCCGUUUAUAAGAAAUGAAGGGCCAUAUGGUUUAAUCAUCUGUCCGUCGCGAGAAUUAGCAAAACAAACCUAUGAUAUUAUUAGACACUAUACAAAUAGUUUACGCCAAGCUGGCUGCCCCGAAAUUCGCAGCUGCUUGGCUAUUGGCGGCGUGCCUGUAUCAGAGUCCUUAGAAGUUAUUAAUAAAGGUGUACAUAUUAUGGUAGCCACUCCUGGACGGUUAAUGGACAUGCUGGACAAGAAAAUGGUGAAGUUGAGCGUGUGUCGUUACUUAUGCAUGGAUGAAGCGGAUCGCAUGAUCGAUAUGGGUUUUGAGGAGGACGUGCGAACGAUUUUUUCAUUCUUCAGGGGGCAAAGGCAAACGUUACUAUUUUCCGCGACCAUGCCAAAGAAGAUCCAAAAUUUCGCACGAUCCGCUUUGGUGAAACCCGUUACUAUCAACGUAGGUCGUGCUGGUGCAGCGUCAAUGAACGUCAUUCAGGAAGUGGAAUAUGUUAAACAAGAAGCUAAAAUUGUGUACCUUUUGGAGUGCUUGCAAAAAACUCCACCACCGGUGUUAAUAUUUGCUGAAAAGAAACAAGAUGUAGACGCUAUUCACGAAUAUUUAUUGUUGAAGGGUGUUGAAGCGGUGGCAAUACACGGCGGAAAAGAUCAAGAAGAAAGAUCACGGUCCGUGGAGGCUUUCCGCGGAGGUCGAAAAGACGUGCUGGUUGCAACGGACGUUGCAUCCAAAGGUCUUGAUUUCGCUGAUGUGCAACACGUAAUCAAUUAUGAUAUGCCUGAUGACGUGGAAAAUUAUGUGCACAGAAUUGGAAGAACUGGUCGUUCCGGGCGUACGGGUAUAGCAACUACUUUCAUAAAUAAAGCGAAUGAUGAAUCUGUGUUGUUGGAUUUGAAACAUUUGCUCAUGGAGGCAAAGCAGAAGGUUCCACCUUUCCUGUUGGAGCUCUGUUCCGAGAACGAGAAGUACCUCAACUUGGGAGACGAACGUGGUUGCAGUUAUUGCGGUGGUCUUGGGCACAGAAUUACGGAGUGUCCGAAGCUGGAGGCAAUUCAAAACAAACAGGCAUCCAACAUUGGACGCAGAGACUACUUGGCCAGCAACGCAGCCGACUAUUAAACAUAUUAUAUAUAUGUUGUCUCUAGCUCUUUCUUUAUGCAAAUGUACACUGUUUAAACUCCAUAAGAUUUGUGACCGAAGUUCCCCAACUUAAAGAAAGGGCUAGAAAAAUUUUGACAAAUACAUGUAAAUAAUUUCGUACUGUUUUUAAAAUUUAACUUUUAAGCGAAUAAAAUGUAAAUUGAGCUUUUCCAA